AUGUCACGAAAAAUGUCAGAUAAAAUAUUUUCUCUUGUAUUUUGGGAUGAUUUAAACUCCCACUCUGUAAUUAAAACGAGCUCUAUUGAACGAGCGAUCAGAACUGGAAAACUUACGGCCAAAAAAAAUAAUAAAAAUGAAGCGGUAAAAAUUUUACUCCAAGACGAUGAUAAAGAAUACUUGGAAAUGGUCGAUGUUGAUCAAAAUGGAAAGAUUUUGCUAAAUAAAAGAAAGAAAGAUGUUAAGAAAGGAGGUAAGAAAGGAGAAAAAAUCAAGACAUCUAGAGCUGUUGGCCGAAAGGUAAAUGAUGAAGAUAUUAUGCAGACCAAGUCUAUUUUUGAUGAAGAUUCAGAUGAACCAUCAUCACCAUCUUCGAAAUUAAGGAGAGUAACUAGGAAAAUCAUUUCGAGUGAUGACAGUGAACUUGAAGAAGAAAGAACCAAAAAUUAUUCCAAGAAAGUAUCUUCGUCAACCAUCAAGCCAAGAGCUAGCAACCGUAUGCUUAUUUCAAUUAAUUCUGAGGAUGAAGACAAUGAACCUGAGACAAAGAAGAAAGUGAUAAGCUUCAAAAGACACGACCAAACUAAUUUGAAGCAAAAUAAUGAUGAAGAAUCUCGAGAACUAAUUAAUGUCAAUAAAUAUGAAAGAGCUGUAAGCAAAGUAAGACCAAGAAACGAAGAAACAAACAAAGGAACCAAAGCAGGCAGCGUCGAAAAUUCACCAAUGCGUAACAAAAGGAAUCCCCGAUCGACAUCCCCUGUUGGAUUUUAUUAUGGGAAAAUGUCUUCUUCAAUGCUCAAACAAAGAACUAGCGAUCUUGUAUUUACAUCAAGCGAUGAAGAAAGUGAACCUGUUGUAAAGAAAAAUCUUAUCCAAGAUGAUCGUGGAACUCGUUCAAAGACAGCAGAUAUCAAUGAUGUUACAAUCAAAGUCAAAUCAAAAGCUGGAAAUUCAAUCCUUACCUGUGAUGAUUUUGAAGAGGAUAGUGACUCUGUUUUUAAUCCAGUGAGAAGAAUGAAAAAAUCUCUGGUGGAUAAUGUUCAAAAAGGUCUUGUUCAGUAUUCAGACUCCUCAGAUGAUGCAGAAGGUAAUUAUGAGACCAAUAAUUCGGGUAACAGUGAAGUGAUCAAUAAAGAGGAUUCAGAAGGUGACAGUGACAUUAACAGACGACGUUAUCAUAAAGUGGACAACAAGGAGGAGUCAGAAAGUGAUAGUGACGCCAACAGUCGCAAUAACGACCAAGUGGCCAACAAACAGACUUCUAAUACCUUUUCCAAAAUAAACGAUAAUACUGAAGAGAUUAUCAUUCUUGACGGACAAAAGGAAUUAAACACAAAAUUGACCAAGAAAAAUUACCUCGAAGAAGAUGAUAGAGGUAAAAAGCAGAAAAAUCGACAGGAAAGCUUCUCGGCUCAUUCUUCCGGUCCUUUGAAAGGUCAAGAGAGCUCAAGCUUAAAGGCUGUAACUGACUUUAAAUCUAAAAAUCAAUCAAAGAGCAAGGACUCCCCUGGAACAUCAAAAAUUGAUGAAGUUGACAAUGAUCAAUUCUCUGCAGAGGAUUUAAAACUAUUCAAGCAAUUUUUAGAACUUCGGAAAGCCAGUGUUCAAUCACCGAUGCAAGUUGCUUCAAGUACAAAUAAACAAGAAAAAGUGACUGAUAACAAGGAUGAGAGGGAGUUAAUCAAGGGAUCAGAGAUUAUGGUCGAUCGGUAUAAAUUGAGAUUAUUAACAAAAAACUAUCAGAAAAAAGCAGGGCAAAUGGCACGCGAAUUAUUGAGAUUGAUCAUCGGAGAGGAAAACCUAGCUGAGAUGGUUCCCCAAAAAGAGAAAGAAGGCAGAAAGUUGAUUCCCCAAAAGAUAUCAAACGCCAUUUUGAGCUACGUUAAUGCACAUGUUAUCGGUGGUCAUCAACUUGAAAUCGAUGAAUUUCAGAGCAUUAUGAGAUCGUUGUGUUGCUCCGUUCGUAAUAAAUACAAGAAAAAACUCACCGUUAAAAAGGCAUAAUUUAAUGCACAUUAAUACAUAAAAACAUGUUCACAUU